AUGGUAGUCGAAACGCAAAAGAGGUCGAGAGUUGCAGACACGACUUCGGAAGGAGCGAUCAACGCUGCGUCCGUAGAUCAACUUAAUGGUGCUCAACGGCCAGAUCUCUUGCACAUUCAAACAGACGACCUUCCCAAUAGCGAGAGUCGCCGUCCCAGUAACGACCUUGACAAUCUGCAUUACUCGGCCUCAACUUCCAACUUGACCAAUCCUCAUCGUCUGUCCAUAGCUGAGGUCACAGAAGACCUCAAGCCUAUUCUACCAGCAGCCAUCUCUUCCUCGACUCAAGCCACGAUAUCUAGAGUGAAAACAUACGAUAACAUGUCCAAGUUUACAGUACUGUCGGAUGGUGAAGAAGAAGACGGUCUGCAUGCAAAGAGAUUGCUCAACGUCGAGGAGAAAUCUUUCAAAAGAAUUCAGAAGCGACUACUAACGCCGACCAAUGUGAUACAGAGUUACCUGAGAAGGCGGCCGGUUGAUUCAAGUGCGCCUGCGCCUAAUGCCUCGGCUUCAGCUGAAGUCGUUUCAGAGCCUGAAGAGGGUGAUGAGGGCGAGGAAACAGCAAUUGCAGACGUCCCAAAAACGGAAGAGGAAAUCAACGCCUACCUAAAGAACCUGGAAACCUUCACACACUCGACCCUACACGACUUCUCCUCUCUCACAACCAGUCUCGCCAGGCUGCAGUUCCUCCUCACAAGCAAUGCACGCGAACGCGAACGUUAUGCGACACAGUCCGAGGAAAUCACACACCAGCAUACCACUAUUCGUGGUGAGACUGCCCAGCUGAGGUCACGCCUCUCAGAAGCCCGCCAGCAGCUAGAAGUCCGCAAAGGGUGGGACAAGCACGCUGAGAAGGUCCUCUGGGUCGAUGGUAAAGUUGGUGGUGAAAAGGCAAAGACAAGAGAAGAACUUACCAGAGAAAGUGACAAGCUCAGGGCCGAGAUUGAAGAGCUCGAACGAGAAGGCGAGGACAUGCAGCAGCAAUGGUUGGAUCGCAGACAUGCACUCGCCAAUGUUAUCGGUGAAUCUCGAAGGCUGAGACGUGUGGUUCGUGGUGAGCCGGAGCAGGUCGAGGAUGCAAGGUCAGAACGAGACCACGAAGGCGAGGAUGGUGAUCAGCAACAACGUCGCGAAGAAGACGAUGCACAUACUAAUAUGCUGGAGCGGCCCGAAGGUCAUGAAGGCGGGUCAAGUAAUGUUGGCACACCCAGACCGCUCGACGAAGGAGUCUCAACACCUGCACACAUACCAAUUGACAGCAGCGGUAUGACUCCUCGAUCAACCACAGAAGCAGGAGCAGGAGAUGAAGUUGGCGUGGCAGAUGCGAACACACCGAUACCUGAACCUACCAUCACUGAGAACGUCCUUAAACAAGAAGCAGCUAAUACACCCGAAGAUGCCGACAUGGCUGAUGCUUCUUUCGUGCAGCAAGAACAGCAAGGCACACCCAGAGUCGUCGUCCCUCAAGUCACAGUCGAUGAAGCUGAGAAGGACGAAAUGGAGGAAGGUGAAGAUCACGAAAUGAAGGCGAGCUGA